UCGUGGGGACGGGCGUUGUGACGGGCGCGCGCACGGCCCGCCGAGUUGACGACAUGCUCAGCGCUGCCAACGCCACAGACAACCUCACGCUGGCACUCGACCUGCCCACCAGCCCCUUCAGCCUCGUCCAGAAGAUCGUCAUCGCGCUCAUCGCCAGCGUCCUCGCCGUGCUCACCGUCGUCGGCAACUCGCUGGUCAUGAUCAGCUUCAAGAUCGACAAGCAGCUGCAGACGAUCAGCAACUACUUUCUGUUCUCGCUCGCGGUCGCCGACUUCGCCGUUGGACUGAUAUCGAUGCCGCUGUUCACUCUAUUCACUAUAUACGGGUACUGGCCGCUCGGAGCGAUAGUUUGCGACACCUGGCUGGCUCUGGACUACCUCGCUUCGAACGCGUCGGUGCUCAACCUUUUGAUCAUCAGCUUCGAUAGAUACUUCAGCGUGACGCGGCCGUUGACGUAUCGCGCUAAACGGACGACGCGCCGCGCUACAGUCAUGAUAGGCGGGGCCUGGGGCUUCAGUUUGGUGCUAUGGCCACCCUGGAUCUACGCUUGGCCGUACAUAGACGGGGAGAGGAAGGUGCCCCCUCACGAGUGCUACAUCCAGUUCAUAGAGACGAACCAGUUCAUUACGUUCGGGACCGCGAUAGCGGCGUUCUAUGUGCCGGUGACUGUGAUGUGUAUACUGUACUACAAGAUCUGGCGCGAGACCAAGAAGCGGCAGAAGGACUUGCCCAACCUGCAGGGCGGGAAGAAGCACGACUCGUCGAAGCGGUCGAAUUCGAGCGACGAGACGCGGGAGGCGGAAGCGCGGGCGCGGUCCGAGUCGGGCGACGCGGACUCCGUGUACCACGUGCGGGGCGCGCUGCACGACACAAGGUGGAGGGAUCAGGGUUCCUCUCGGCGGCAGAAGCGCGGCUGGGCAGCGAUCCGCGCGUGGUGUGUGGCGUGGUGGCACUCCGGCAGGGAAGACCUGGAGGAUACGGAACCCGAAGAGGAGCCCUCUGAUCCGGGUUACGCCACGCCCGUCUCCGUGGAGACGCCGCUGCAGAGCUCCGUGUCCAGGUGUACAUCUCUGAACGUGAUCAGGGACCCGUACGCGGGGCGGGGCGGGUCCGGGGGCUCGAGCGUGGCGGACGGGGGCACGUCGCCCCUGAGACGCACCUACGAGCCCCCCGCAGUCCCCGCCGCCAGGGACAGCCGCUCCCUGCCACCCAACACCAAGAUCAACACCGCUACCUCACCAGCAAUAAAGUCCGCCUCGGCCGACUCCGUCUACACCAUCCUCAUCCGGCUCCCGGACACUGACGCCGAGAGGCCCAGCAUCAAGAUGAUCUCGGAGGAGUCCCCGCCCAACGCGCGGACGCACUAUAGGCCCCCGGCCCGAGGCGACUCGGAAUUGAACCUUCACCCGGCCGGACAUCCGGCGUUAACGAGACGAACGUCCCAUAUACAGGACGUGCGAAUCCCGCUAAACGCCAAAAUCAUCCCCAAGCAGCUGGCCGGGAAGGGGAUCACGUCGAAGCAGCCCAAGAAGAAGAAGACGCAGGAGAAGAAGCAGGAGACGAAAGCCGCCAAAACUCUCUCCGCCAUCCUCCUAUCGUUCAUCAUAACGUGGACUCCUUACAAUAUCCUAGUGCUACUGAAACCCUUGACUGCAUGUACCAAGUGUAUCCCCGACGAACUUUGGUCCUUUUUCUACUACCUGUGUUACAUCAACUCCACCAUCAACCCCGUCUGCUACGCGCUCUGCAACGCGAGUUUUCGACGAACGUACAUAAGGAUUCUGUCUUGUAAGUGGCAUAACAGGAAUAGGGAGGCGAUGACAAGGGGAGUGUAUAACUAGUAUCGUAGUCAUGUUUAGUAGGCUAAGACGGGGACGGUACCGUGACCCGAUUGCCCGGUUUCGGUACCCGAGCGUACGGUUUGAACAAAGACAACUAUUUAUAUUAUACCACGUUUAUAAUAUUGUAAUUAAUUUUUUAUUAAUACUAGCGAUUAAGAAGUUUUAUUCUCUUUGUGAUGUGAGGAUGCGGUCGGUCGCAAACGGGUUUGUCGCGUGACGGUUUAUAUAAAGGACCCACUGCUCAAUUUCCUAAAGCGCAAUCUUCAUUUUUAAUUGUACCUCUCUCGUACUGCGGUAGUUCAGUAGUUAUACUUUGUGAGUUUCAACCCCGUCCAUUUGUUUAAUUAUGUUUUAUAUCGUAGCUUUUAUUUCGUCUUCUGUUUUAAGAAGAUCAGUGCCGAGACAGUAGCCAGUGUAAAGAACGAGUAGAGUCGUAGUGGUGUACCCGUAUUCUAUACUCUUAAGUCUUCAUUCGUAUCGUUUAAAUGUGAGCUUGUAGGAUAACAAAGCUGGAUCCGUAAAGUUUCAUCUUGUAAGAUGUUUUAUUGACUAUCGAUAAGAUGGAUAUCUUGAGAUAUUUUAGUACAAAUGGAUGUUUAUAAGUAGGAGUUUAAUAUUUCUUACCUUCUUUAUUUCUCCUUUUUGUAAUCUGUUAUCAGAUGAACUUGUGUUUAUGGGAGCGGGAAGGUACCACUAAUUUAGCAUCCAAUUUGUUAAAAGACCCGUUGUAAUUUGCACGUCUCAUGAGACAAACAAAAUAAUUCUUCCAUACUCAUUUUGCAUGUCUAAACUCACUAAAACAGCGUAGACAAAAAAGUCUCGCUCAGGGAAUGUCCGUGGAAACCUCUAGAAACACGGAUCUGAAGUUUAACGAUGUUAAUGGAUUCAGAGAGCGCUUCGCAAUGCUCAGCAUGCACUUCCUCCCCAGUAUCGCGUUUAACUGCCAGUCUCCUUACAUUUCCGUUAAUGUACAUCGACGAUGUCUUUUGUACGCUUUUAUUUUCGAAACUACCAUCCUCGGAGUGUACUUAAGGAUGUUUCGUUUUAAUUUCUGGAAGCCGUUUUGUUUUAAUGUUUUCGUUGUUU